AUGCUGUCUUCUAAUUUGCAUGGUUCACAAACCGGAUCAUGUGCCUCAGAACACCAUUGAGUAUUGGCCAACUGAAUGUCCUUGACAGUCUCCAAGGGACACCAUCAAGGAUUCCUCACUAGAACACGGGUUGGUAAUCGCGUAGCAAAGUCGGCCCGCAAGAGGCUGCUUCCUAUUGCUUCUCAAAAAUAACCCGGUCGUCAGCGAAGGAAACGUAUAAAGGGGAGCCCUAAGUUUCCUUUUCCUCAGCAGAACAACUUCCCAGUCGUUCAAAGCACUUUCUACACAAUCAACAUGUUCUCCCGUGUCGUUGCUCUCACCACGCUUGCCCUCCCUCUUCUUGCGGUCGCCACACCUACUGCCGUUACUCGUGGUGAGCCCGCCGGUCAGUGCAACACAGGCCCCAUUCAAUGCUGCAACUCAGUCGAGAAGGCCAGCUCCACUGAUGCCAACUUCCUCUUGGGCUUGCUAGGAAUUGUCCUCGAGGACCUCAGCGUCCUCGUGGGCAUCACCUGCUCCCCUAUCACCGUCAUUGGUGUCGGCGGCGGCAGUUGCUCUGCGAAGCCUGUCUGCUGCGAGAACAAUUCUUUCGGGGGUCUGAUCUCUAUUGGUUGCGUCCCCGUCAGCCUUUAGACUAUUCAUGGUCGUCUUCGGCAGCGCAUUGGAGGAUAUGGCAUUUUCGGAACAUUGGAUAUAUAUGAUCUGCAUGUAAUGCGUUGAUAACGAAUUCUUUGAAUGUGGUUUUAUGUGGAUGAUCGUAUAGGGAUUCGAUUGAGUCCAAAGGGUUCAGAUUUUCUUCAUUA